CCCGCAGUCAGUCCCCUUGCCCUCUGAGACUCACCUCACCUCACGUUCCUGUCAGAGAAAAGCGAGCACCUCUCCUCUGCUGCACAUUGAGUCUCUCCAUCAGCUUUCUUUCUCCAUCAGUCCGUCUGAUCUCUAGAUCCACUGCGGCACACCUGGACGCUCGCUGCCAUGUCGGACAACGAGGAAGUGGUGGAGGAGUAUGAGGAGGUGGUGGAAGAAGAGGAGGCUGAAGAGGCCGUGCAGGAAGAAGACACAACUGCUGCAGAGGAGGAGCCCAGUGAAGAACAAGAUGGAGAAGGGGAAGAAGGAGAUGGAGAAGAGGAGGAAGCCAAACCAAAAUUCAAGCCAUUUAUCAUGCCAAACCUCAUCCCACCUAAGAUCCCAGAUGGAGAGAAGGUGGAUUUUGAUGACAUACAUCGUAAAAGGAUGGAGAAGGACCUGAUGGAGCUUCAGACUCUGAUUGAAGUUCACUUUGAAAGCAGGAAGAAGGAAGAAGAGGAGCUCAUUCAUCUCAAGGAGAGGAUUGAGAAGCGUCGUUCUGAACGUGCAGAGCAGCAAAGAAUCCGCAGCGAGAGAGAGAAAGAGAGACAGAAGCGUCUUGAGGAGGAGAGAGCCCGUAAGGAGGAAGAGGAGGCCAAGAGGAGAGCAGAGGACGACGCGAAGAAGAAGAAAACCCUGACCAGCCUCCAUUUUGGAGGGUACAUGCAGAAGUUGACAGAGAAACGGAGCGGUAAGAGGCAGACUGAGAGAGAGAAGAAGAAGAAGAUCCUGAGUGAAAGACGCAAAUCUCUGGACAUUGAGAACAUGAACCAGGAUAAACUCAAGGACAAAGCUAAUGAGCUGUGGGAGUGGAUGUACGAGCUGGAAGCAGAGAAGUUUGAACUGCAGUACCAGUUCUCCAGGCAGAAAUAUGAGAUUAAUGUGCUGAGGAAUCGUGUCAGCGAUCAUCAGAAAACAUCAAAGAGGAGCAAGAGAGGCCUAAGGAAAUAGAUGCUGAAAUGCUGAGUGAGCAGUGUCACCAUCAGCCCUGUCCUACAGCCAUUGCGUCAAACCCUUGUCCCACCCAUCUCCCUAAACCACAACCUGCAGUACAGAUUAUAGCCAGUUAUCCAGCUUCUUCUCACUCUUUUUUUCCUCUUUUUUUCUCCCCAUCCUUUGAAUGAUUAGAUAUUCUGUAUUUAAUGGUGUAAAUAAAACCAUCUCAGUUUGA